AUGCUAAGAAGUGAAAAGAUGUGUUUGGUGUCGAUGUAUUUUAGCAAGGAUACAGCAAAGCAAACGAUUACUGAGAUAGGAAAGAAUGGAUUGCUUCACUUCAAAGAUCUUAACAAGGAUAUCAAGAGUGAGAAUCUACUAUAUACCAGAGAGAUAACACACAUGGAGAAGCUCAUUUCCAGGCUACAAUAUCUGACUGGGGAUGUCAAGGAGGUUGAUGAAGGGAUCAAGCAUAGUGACAUAGAUCAGGUAGAGGAGCAGGUCAACAAAUUUUUUUCUAGAUUGAUACAACUGAAGUCGAUAAAGAAGGAGACCGAUACGAAUCAGACCAGGUUAAAGGAGGACCUGUACAUGCUAGAGGAGACAGAGAAUUUUCUUGGAACAGUUACGGAGGAGGCACAUCUCGUCCAGUUUGAUUUCAUGACUGGGAUAGUCGAGAAAGGAAAAAAGCUCUUGAUAAGAAAGGUGCUUCACCAAGCAUUGAGAAGAAAUCUGGUUAUAAGAACGAAGGAUGUGGAAGACGGGACAAAGGCCGUAUUUAUUGUAUUUGCACAUGGGAGCGAGGCAUUGGAAAAGGUUAAGGAUAUAUUUUCUUCCUUAGGAGGAAGGAUACUGGACCAUAAAAAAUUCAGGGAGUGCAAGCGAGGAUUGCUUGAAUUGAGUGCAACAAUAAGUCAGAUGCAACAGAUUGAAGAUCACAACGAUGAAGCAAUAAGAAAAGAGCAGGAAAAGAUACGCCACCUUGCAAAUACCUGGAGAUAUUAUCUAAAUAAGGAGAUGAAGAUCUAUCAGGCUCUUAACAAACUCAGCUUUGAUUUUGAUCGAGAUUGCCUUGUAGGGGAGGCCUGGAUUCUUGGAGAGGAGAUAGGCAAAUUGAAAAGGAUCAAUGAGAUUAAAGGAGACGGAACAAGCCUGUUUGCAUUUGAAAUUACAGAGAGCGAGGAAAUGCCACCCACUUACUUUAAGACAAAUGAGUUUACAGAGCCCUUUCAAAUCCUUACAAAUACUUAUGCAGUUCCAUCGUAUGGAGAAAUCAAUCCUGCAAUAUUUACAUUAUUUACUUUUCCGAUGCUUUUUGGAUGCAUGUUCGGAGAUGUAUUUCACGGAUUACUGCUUCUCUGUUUAUCGGUAUAUCUAAUAAGGAAUUCAAAGAGGUUUAAGAACUGCUCAGAAACCUUGCAAAUGAUUGUAAGUGGGAAAUACAUAAUACUAACCUUUUCGAUUGGAGCCAUGUUUUUUGGGCUUUUAUACUCCGACUUUGGGUCUCUUGCAAUUCCUUUAUUUACUUCAAGCAGAGACAGUAACCGAACCUAUCCAUUUGGAGUUGACCAUAUGUGGCAUCAUUCUAAGAAUGAAAUGGUUUUUCUCAACUCGAUGAAGAUGAAGAUGUCGAUAAUAAUAGGGUUUUUACACAUGAGCUUGGGAGUAGUUAUUUCCUUUUUGAAUGCUAUGUAUUUCAACGAGCCUGUAGAGAUAUAUGGUGUGCUGAUUCCCCAAACGAUCGUCUUCUGUUCAUUUGUGGGAUACAUGGUAUUUCUAAUAAUAUACAAAUGGCUAGUCACAUCUAACUAUCCAUCAAUAAUUGGAGUUCUAGUGAACAUGUUUACCAAUCCGUUUGUUGUUGCAGAGGAGAUAUAUCCUUACCAGCAUCGGAUGCAACCUCUUUCUAUUGUUCCUAAUGCUUCUAUGUAUUCCUUGGAUGUUGUUAGGCAAGCCUAUAUACAUGAUAUUUAA